UUGAAAAUAUGUGACCUUACUGAAUGGGCGGUAGUUCGAAUGAACAACGUUUAUUUCGGUAACGCUGGUAAAUCCUGGCAUUCGUGCUUAGAGAAGUGUGAAGAAAAUCACGUCUACCAGUAGUUAAUGGAAUCUUUUGUAGCUACAUCUUUCGGCUUCGAGCAGUACCUUCGCUUGUCACACUCUCAAAUUAAGGCCAUCCGACAAGCAUUUUAUAAUGCUGCUGCUUUUAUAAUUCUUUCUUUAAUAUGCGUUGCCAUUCUGGCAGUUUAUUAUACGCUCCAGGUUUUUGUCAGACCUCUUUUGUGGGCCGUUUUGUGCGGGACUGUGUUAUAUCCAUUUAAAAAUUCGUUAACUGAUGUUAUUCGUGGAUGGGUUAGGCGUGUUGAUGCAGAAGAUCAGUUGCUUUUAGUGGAGACUGUUGUUGUACCGUUCCGAGUUUCUAAUGCUCUCUAUUCCAUUUUAAUCAAAAAAAUGUCUGAUCACUGGAGUUUACUUAAAACAUCUCUGUUUCUUCUCCUCGCUUUCAACAUUUCUUCCUACUUUGAUUUUUUCUGGCUCCCUGGAUUAUCUAUAAGUAUCUCUUACUUCUUAAUAUCAUUCGUUGAUUGCGUCUUAGAAUUUACAUCGUUCAAAUUGGUUAUUACUCUAGGUAUUAUCUACGGCAUGAUUGCUUUAUUAAAACCAUCCAAUUUCCACUUCGUGUACAGUGUGUCACACUUUUUCUGGCUUUCAUUGCUGUUGUGGUGUACAUCGUUUGGUGGGGUUCUAAGGAUACCCGUAUUUUUAUUUUCUGUUGCAGUCUUGAUAGUUGGCUACUGGGGUUUCACUGAAGAAGCUGAUGGCAGUUGUCAAGAACGGUGGGCUUCUUGCCAUACUGUUACUGCUUUAGAUGGGGGAUCUCCCGAGUUAAUUAGGAGUGCAGUUUCCUGUGACACACUGGCAGAAGUUAGUACGGAAUUCAGUAAGCCUUUCGAGGGUUCUACUCAAAUACACCAAAGUCAGACAAAAAAGGAAGAACAACAGCGUCAAACUGGUCUUCCUCUAAGAUGGUCGCAGUUUCUGAGGCAAGCUUUCCUUCCAGUACAGACAGGAUCGUCCUAUGGAUUUGAUCCAGUUAGUGAGCUCCGAGCUUUCAUGUCUGAACAGUUGUGUUUAUCUUCCGCAAAAUCAUGGAGUGCAAUAUUGGAAGGAAAAGGGUUUCGUGCGAGAGGUAGUUCACUUCCUAGAUCGGGAAACAUUUUUGACGCAGCUUGUACAAACGAUACUUGUUAUCCUGACAGUUCAUUUGUCAAUCGCUGUUUUCUUGCAUUAUUAUGGGCUCAUUUUCUCGUCGCUAUUUGGCUUUAUCAAUGGCCAUUAUAUUUGAUUUGUUUUAUCUUAAUUUUCUUUGGGAUUUUUCGUCUAUCACUUUGUUUAAAAUUACAAGAACUAUCACAUUGGGUUCUUUAUAAACUGAACAGUCUAUUACAGACCAUUACUCCGAAUUUGACUAUGGAACAAAGAAAAGCUUAUUUAAAGUCGGUCGUCCCUAGGCCUGUGCACGGAUUGCUUACAUUAUUGGGAUAUUGCGAUAGAAAACUUUGUCGUUACUUGGACUCAUGGGUAGACAGUGUAGUCAGCCUUUUUAUUCUUGUCUUCUUUAUUUUCACUUUUUGUCUGCUGACAAUGUUUUUAGCAUUUCAGAUUCACAAUGAAAGUAUUCAUUUGGUAUCGCUAACAAGUGAUUUUAUCAAUAAAGCGUUGAACAGUGAAGCAUAUAGUUGGCUUCCUAGAAGGGAACAAGUUGAUGGAAUGUUUAAUGUUUUAGUUACAAAUGCUUAUCAGGCUGGACGAAGUUGGAUAUCCGAUAAGAUCAAUGAACUUUUCGAAGCAGAUCCGAAUUCAAAGGCAAUAUUAAAAGAACAACUUUUAUAUUUGUGGGAGAAUAUUUAUAAUUCUUUUAUCAAUCAGUCAAUGAACACUACAUUGAUGACUAAUCAAUCAGUCAUUAAUAAUCAAACUUUACCGUUCUUGUUGCAUAAUCAUAUAAAUUCCAAUGCAAUUACUCCACGUGGGGUUGGAAGAGUUUCAUUAAAUCGAUUUUUUAUCAAUACUACUCGGAUAUUUAAUCGCCACGCUUUAAGUUCAUUGUUUGUGAUUUUCAAACAGAACGUGGGCACAUUUGCAACUAUCACAGAAUCAGUAUGGGGUUUGAUGCGUAGUAAUGUGAAUUUAAUUGCUCAGUUAAUAACAACUUUAUUUUCAUUGAUAAUGAGUGGUGGGCAUGUGGCAAUGAAUUUUAUGAUUGCUUUUCUCAUUUUUUUAACAGUUCUCUAUUAUGUAUUAGCUGCGAGUGGAUCGUGUUAUCUCCCUGUUGCUUUCAUUUCUUCAUUAACACCAACUUUUUCUGGAACUAAUUCAUUAAUUACGCAUUUAUAUUCAACUGUGGAAUCAGCUAUUAGUGGAGUAUUUGUUGCAACAUUAAAAUUGGCUUUAUUUUAUGGUUUAUAUACAUCACUUACUCAUAUUAUAUUUGGAUUAGAUCUUGUAAUAAUUCCAUCUGUAUUUGCUGCUAUAUUAGGCGCUGUCCCAAUUAUAGGCACAUAUUGGGCUGUUCUACCGGGUGCAAUUGAGAUUAUUAUAAUUCGUCAGUCAUUAUCUCAAGCUGGUCUUCUCAUACUUUUCCAUUUGUUGCCAACAUAUGUCGUUGAUAUUUCAGUUUAUAGAGAAAUUAAAGGGUAACAAAAUUUAUUUCUGUUAUUUAUUAUUAGUAAAUAAUUAUUUUGUUUGAAAUGAAACUGCGUUUAGUCUUGAGAACAAAGUGUUUAUUCAAUCGAGGUUCCGUUGUCAAUAUUAUUAGUUUCUUGAACCCCAUUCAGCUACAAUUGAGUGAAGUAAAUAAUUGCAGAUUUUCAGUGUAAUUUUCGUAAAUGUAUUUCUAUGCUGUAUUAUUUGUAUUAUUGAUCGGGUAAGAAAUUAAAGUGCAUUUCUUUAGACUAUUUAUGUGUAUGUUAGGAUUUCGCUCUCCUCAUAAUGUUAUAUUAUGAACACCACCGUUCCCAUUUGUUCACUAUCUUAGGCUCCAAAAGUGAGGAAGACUGAUAAAUACUGAAUAAUUUAUUUGUCGCUGCCAGAGAUGUUGGAUUAAUGACGAAUAUACUAUUUACAAUUAUAUAGUUCAGUUUUUAGCACCAGAUAUUAAAUAUGCAAUUUUAUAUGGUUAUUGCUUUUAUGAUUGGUAUUCGAAAAAUCUAAAUUAUCGAUAAAAAAUAUACUACAGUACGUUCUGGUCGUACUUUCGGGAACUAAAACACUUUUCUGUGCAAAGUGUUGUGGCUAGUUGGCACAGUUUAUAAUGAGGCGUUAAUUGAAUCCGACAACUAACCAGAAGGAGUUAUGUCAUUUGGUUGUCCUAUCUUACAGACUCAGAUAUUGCAGAUUCUGUGACCAAAAAUAAUUCUUCUUAUCAAUUCUUUAUCUGUCUUUUUCAUGACAGCUCUUUUCUACAGAUAUGUUUGGUGAUAGAUAUUUGUGACACACAGCACUUGUAAGAGUCAAAAUCCAUACUUUUAAAGAUUUAAGUUUUCCAAGGUGUUUUUUCUUAAAUACCUAUUUGUCCCACAGUUUUGUGUUCUAUGUAAAGCACAAAAGAAAUUCCCAAACGAAAAGGUUAGUGAGCUCUAUGUUUUUUAAGACAUUUUGUGUGCUGAUGUUUACUACUUAGUCACCAAUCUUUUAUUACAAUGCGAGAUUUGUGAAGAUUAUUCAGUUUGGAAAUCGUUCAAGUUGAGGACUGAGUUGACCUAGGCAACUGUCGUAAACCAUCGGGGAUUAUACGACUGUUUGUCCCACUAUAGGACACAUCAGUAGUCCAACCUCACGACUCUAUCAACGAUCGAAUCCACGCCAUACAGCAAGCGCGAUAUCAUCAGCCUGUUGUUUAAUGAUGUCCAUUUUUCUGAAAUCAGUCAAUCCACUGCACUACGUGGCCAUUAUCUUUUGCCAUAAGUAGCACCUGUCUUAAUCAUAAAGUGGUUAGAUUUUAUCAAUAAGGAUUCUCAUUAGAACUUAUCAAAUCUUUCAAAAAAUUCGACACCAGAUUGUUAUUUUGUUCUGUUUAAUGCAUUUAAUCCCUAGUUUGCACUGGAUUUCUGUGCCGUUUGUUGAAAUGUAAUAAGGAUUUAGUUUUUAGAAUAAUUUCUCUUGUGUACCGUACACUUGUAAUAAAUAAUAGUUUUAACUUAGAACUUGAAUACUUUAUCUAUACGUUUACUUAAAGACUGAUAAUUGAGCUUAACAUAAAUCAUCUACCUUGUAUAUGUUUGCUCUCUAGUGUAUGAGUCUCAUAUAACGUAAGACGGGUUGUGGCUCUUACUAGAUCUCAUAAGCCCUGGUAGAUGAGUGUAAGCUAAUACUCUUUAUUGAACCAUUUUAUUCAUUUUAAAAUCCGAUUAUAUGACUACUGUCAUAAAUUAACAAGAAAUAGUAUAAGGUUGGUGCUCUGACGAACAUUUCCAUCAAUCAUCUAAAUCAAUGGUGGUGUAUGGUGAAACCACUCACAACCAUUCGAAUAUGAUAAUUAUAUAUUUUGCGCUUUUUUCAGAGCGGGUCAUCCUUAUUUUACCGGUUUGGCGAUUGCUGGUGGAAUAUACUGUCAAGGUCCUGAAGGUGCCAUAAUUGGUCCUAUUCUACUAUGUUGUUUUUUGGUUGGGAUAAAUAUGUUUCGAUGGGCGAUGGAUUCUAGUAAAAAAGCGUUAGCUGCUGAUCAAUGUGAAUAUAACUCUCACUACUCGCCUCCUACUUCGCCAACUACAGUGCAUACUUAUAAAGCUUGUAAUUCAUCAGUCAUGUCCGAUCGUUUCCACGACGCAAACUCAUUUAGCAAGUAUUCCAACCCAUCUACAAAGUUUCGUAGACCAAUCUUCAAACGAAGACCAAAAUACCGAUUUAAUAAACAUUCAUUUUCUAUGCCAGACAUUUCGGACAUAUCUGACGAAUCAUUUCAAACUCCACAAAUUAAACCUCACACAACAAAGUUGAAUUCACCUGUAUCAAGUAUACAUUUUGCUGCACAUUCAUCAACUCCUGCACAUACAUAUAUACCUUGAUUUAAAUAACUAAUUCACUGAUCAAACCAAAACAUUCGUUUGUUCGUCUUAUCAGAAGAAAGAAAACGUCUGUGUGUGUAUGUGUUGAAUUCCUUCUCAACAUUUCUUGAGGUCUAUUUACACUUAUAUUUAUACAUAAGAAACAAAUGCAACGGAGAUGAUCGAUAAUGUUUUAACACUGAUUUGGUCUUCUCUGUCAGUUCAUUUUCUCCAGUGAUUAUUCAUCUCAUUGACUGUCAUUUUCCCUCAUCUUGACGUUGUUCAAGGAACACUCAUGAUAUAUAUAUGCAUUUUCUGGUCUGAACUUCGUUUCGUUUAUUGGAAGAAAACCGAUAAACAUUUCGAGGUAUCAGUUUUCAUAUUACUUAGAUCCUGACAUUCGUUUUUUUCUCAUUUUCAGAUUAAAUACAUUCUAUAAGAAUAAAGAAUAUAGAGAUUUUAUUGCAAAUAAAUUAUUUUUUCGCUGUUUUAUGUAUCUCAUUAAAGUUAACUGUUAUUUCUACUUUUUCAUUCACUUAAAAAAAUUAUAUAAACUAAGAGAUACCAUAAUGAUAACGCUUUAUAUUACAUAUUAUAUGUUAUGACUUAUUUUAUUGGAGGUAUAGAUUAUAAUAUUUUCAGUUUACUUAGUUGCUUGUGUGCGUAACUUUUAUAGCAUUGUUAAAUUGAAUCUAAGAUAUUCACAAGUGUUGCGUGAAUAAUAAUGUGUUAUCAUUUGAACUAAUUAAAUUUUAACUUAAACAAAUUAUAAACACAAUGCAUUGUUUAAGUCUACAAACAUCCAUACUUCUAUUCAAAGAAUUGUUUGGGUCUUUAUUAUCGUAUAAAAGAAUUGUAGAUUAUUGUGUCUCAACUAUGGUUAGACCAGUUAAAGUAACUAUUGGUCGAUUGUACAUUCUUAACUGGAUCAAAAUAUGAUUAUUAUACAAAGAAUAUAGAAUUAUUAUACAGUAAAUGUCUUGGACUGUUCCAUCAAUGGUCAAUUUAAAGGAAGAAAGUAUUGUAAAUAUCACUGAGGUGUAUUCUUUAAUGAUCUUCGGUUAAG